GCCAGCCAGGGGGUGGGGAGUGUGAAUUGUGGAGAAGGAGAAGGGGGUUGCAGGUGUAGUGGAGGCAGAGAGGGGGAUUGGAGGAAAUGCACAUGGGUGUGUGACAUGGGGGUCAGCAAGAGGAAUGGGAGUAGGAAGCAGGGACACCUUAUUCCAAGUUUAGCCUCUGGAUCUCACUGAACCACUGUGCCCUUCCCCCCCGCCCCCCCCCCCCGUGCCGUGUAACACAGUUCCUGUUGAUAGUGUAUGUUGGCCCUUAGCUCUCUUUCAGGGGUUUAGCUGGUUUAUAGCAUCAGUGGAUGCCAUGUUGUGCCCUAGUGCCUGCAGCAUGGUGGUUUUUGUAGCACAGAUGGAAUGAGGCAUUUUGGGUUUACCUCUCCAUUGCCUAAAUGAAGGAACAAUUUCCACCUCCGUCUUGGAUUGUACUGGGGCUAAGGUGCAUGAAAUCCAUUUCUAGUGGCGCAGCUCAUGUGAGUGCCAGUCAUCUACCGGGUCAACACUCAGCCACUUUGGUGGUUCUUCAUAUUGUCUGAAUAGUUCUUAUUAAUCCGAAACCAUGGUGCAGAAAUAUCAGUCCCCCGUGCGGGUAUAUAAACACCCCUUUGAGUUAAUUAUGGCUGCGUAUGAAAGAAGAUUUCCUACAUGUCCUCUAAUCCCAAUGUUUGUAGCUAGUGACACUGUGAAUGAAUUCAAGAGUGAGGAUGGAGCUAUCCAUGUGAUAGAAAGGCGUUGUAAACUGGAUAUAGAUGCACCACGGUUAUUGAAAAAGAUUGCAGGAGUAGAUUAUGUUUACUUUGUCCAGAAGAACUCCUUGAACAGACAAGAUCGGACUUUGCACAUAGAGGCCUACAAUGAAACCUUUUCUAACAGAGUCAUCAUUAAUGAGCACUGCUGUUACACAGUUCACCCUGACAAUGAAGAUUGGACCUGUUUUGAACAGUCAGCAAGCCUGGACAUCAAGUCUUUCUUUGGCUUUGAAAGCACAGUGGAAAAGAUUGCCAUGAAACAGUACACCAGCAAUAUUAAAAAGGGGAAGGAAAUAAUAGAGUAUUACCUGAAGCAGAUGGAGGAAGAUGGGAUAACAUUUGUUCCUCGUUGGACUCCUCCUGUUAUGUAUAAACUGGAGAACAGCACAUCUCGCAUAGCACGACCAGUUUCUCCUGCUAUCAACAUACCAGAUACUGCCACAAAGGAGGGACUGAACAAUAAGGAAGUGCUCAACACCUCCAGCAGCCCAUCAGAGCCCACAGCAGGAACACCUGAUGACAAACUCGAUGCAGACUAUAUCAAGCGGUAUCUGGGUGACUUGACACCAUUGCAGGAAAGCUGUCUCAUCCGACUUCGACAGUGGCUCCAGGAAACUCAUAAGGGCAAAAUCCCAAAGGAUGAACAUAUUUUACGAUUCUUGCGUGCCCGGGACUUCAAUAUUGACAAAGCCAGAGAGAUUCUUUGCCAGUCACUAACAUGGCGUAAACAGCACCAGGUGGACUAUAUUCUGGAUACCUGGAACCCUCCACAAGUACUUCAAGAUUACUAUGCAGGAGGUUGGCAUCACCAUGACAAAGAUGGGCGCCCUCUGUAUGUGUUGAGGCUGGGACAGAUGGAUACCAAAGGCUUAGUGCGAGCUCUUGGGGAAGAAGCCUUGCUUCGAUAUGUUCUUUCUAUAAAUGAAGAAGGACUGAGGCGAUGUGAAGAGAAUACAAAAGUAUUUGGCAGGCCUAUAAGCUCCUGGACCUGUCUGGUGGAUUUGGAGGGCUUGAAUAUGCGACAUUUAUGGAGACCUGGUGUCAAAGCAUUACUAAGAAUCAUUGAAGUGGUUGAAGCCAAUUACCCUGAAACAUUGGGUCGCCUUCUUAUCCUGAGAGCCCCCAGAGUAUUUCCAGUCCUCUGGACACUGGUUAGUCCGUUCAUUGAUGACAACACCAGAAAGAAAUUCCUUAUUUAUGCAGGAAAUGACUACCAAGGGCCUGGAGGGCUACUGGAUUACAUUGAUAAAGAAAUUAUCCCAGAUUUCCUUAGUGGAGAGUGCAUGUGUGACGUUCCCGAGGGUGGGCUAGUUCCGAAGUCUCUGUACCGGACUGCAGAAGAGUUGGAAAAUGAAGACCUAAAACUGUGGACUGAAACUAUCUAUCAGUCUGCAAGUGUCUUCAAGGGAGCUCCACACGAGAUUUUCAUUCAGAUUGUGGAUGCCUCGUCUGUGAUCACAUGGGAUUUUGAUGUGUGCAAAGGCGACAUUGUUUUUAACAUCUAUCACUCCAAGCGAGUGCCACAGCCUCCUAAAAAGGACUCUCUGGGCACCCACAGCAUUACAUCUCCUGGGGGGAACAAUGUACAGCUGAUAGAUAAAGUCUGGCAGCUAGGGCGUGAUUACAGUAUGGUGGAGUCCCCACUUAUCUGCAAGGAAGGGGAGAGUGUGCAGGGGUCUCAUGUGACCAGAUGGCCUGGCUUCUAUAUUCUUCAAUGGAAAUUUCACAGCAUGCCUGCCUGUGCUACAACCAAUCUGCCUCGUGUGGAUGAUGUACUGGCAUCUCUACAGGUCUCCUCUCAUAAGUGCAAAGUGAUGUACUAUACAGAAGUGAUCGGAUCAGAAGAUUUCAGAGGAUCUAUGACCAGCCUUGAAUCAAGCCACAGUGGAUUCUCCCAGCUCAGCGCUGCCACAACCUCUUCCAGCCAGUCCCACUCCAGCUCCAUGAUUUCCAGAUGGCGAUUUUGCUGACAGCUGUAAAGAAACCGCUUCAUUCAACAGUCCACAUCUGCCCUGAGGUGUCUGGCUUUGUAGACCUUUUUGAGUUACAGCCACUUUUCAAGGCUGAAGAUUUCUUGGGUUUUUUUAGUUAGUGGCACUUGAGGGUUUCCUCAAAGUCUAAUGCAUCUUUAAAAACUCAAAGCACAUGACAGCACAAACAGUCGAGGGGUUAAUACACCAGAAAAGCAAGAUAAAGUUUCCUCUUAAUGAAGUGCUAUGGCAAAUAGGACUUACUUAUGCAGUUUGAAAUAGACCUGAUUAAUUUUAAUACCCUUGGUCUCCUCUUUUUCAUGUGAUAUUGCUGUUCUUCCUUUCUGCCAACAGACUAUUCUGUUGGCUUUUCUCCCCUGUAUUACCAAUGUCCUGUCCCUGCCCUCUUGUCCAUAUUCAUGAAUUGCAUAUCAAAUUCUGUAAAUGUUUUGUAAACAUAUUACCUCACUGUUGGUAAUAAGAAACGGUCUUUAAAAGAUUUUUUUAUUGUUAUCAAUAAUAAAUGUGAACUGUUUGAAAAAAAAUCAGA